AAUGCGCCAGUAGAACAAUGGCGCCCCGGUGGUGGCUGCUGAUUCUCUGCCUCGCCGGCAACAUACUCCAUGGUCGCGCACAGCUUGACAGCAGAGGUUUCAUCAACAUAGACUGUGGGCUACAGGGAGAGGAGAGCUACGUCGACGACGAGACAAAGCUGGUGUACGUCUCAGACGCUGGCUUCACCGACACCGGCACGCCUUACAACCUCUCGGCUGAGAACUUCCUGCCAUGGCGGUCCAGGAACGUCCGCAGCCUGCGGAGUUUCCCUGAUGGCGUUCGCAACUGCUACACGUUAGGAUCCCUGGUGUCGGGCCUCAAGUACCUCUUCCGUGCCACGUUUCUCUAUGGCAACUACGACGGCCUUAACAAGCGACCAGCGUCGUUCGACCUCUACAUCGGCGUCAACUUCUGGACGGCGGUGAACAUUUCGUGGUGGGGGUUGGACCAGGACAACAGGGUGACGGUGGAGGCGAUCGUAGUCGUGCCGCACGACUUGGUGCAGGUGUGCCUGGUGAACACCGGCGGCGGGACGCCCUUCAUCUCCGGGCUGGAGCUGAGGCCGCUGAAGAUGUCGCUCUACCCACAGGCAACAGCAGAGCUGGGGCUGUUCCUGCUGCGCAGGCGGAACUUCGCCGCGAUAAACGGAACUAUCAUCAGGUUCCCCGAUGAUCCAUACGACAGGCUAUGGUACCCUAGGUCCGACGCCACGAUGUGGGCGGAGAUGACGACGACCGAGAGGGUGGACGACGUCGAUGGGGACGAGUUUGAGGCGCCCAUGGCGGUGCUGCAGACGGCGAUCAAGCCGCUGAACGCCUCCGGUAGCAUCAGGUUCGGCUGGGAGGUGGCGCCCGAGCUCAACAAUGUGUCGCCGGGGCCGGGGUACCUCGCCGUCUUGCACUUGGUCGAACUGGAGCUCCUCGGCGGGGAUGCCUUGCGCCAGUUCAACAUCAGUGUCAACCACGACGAAAGCUGGGUCCCGGGCUACACGCCGCCAGGCUAUCUCCGCAGAGCCUAUGUCUACAAUAAAUUCACCAACCCGAGCCACAGCAGCUACAUCGUCACCAUCAAGGCCACAGCCAAUUCCACGCUGCGGCCCAUCAUCAGCGCCUACGAGUUGUUCUCCAUCAUCACCACCACCAACAUUGGAACAGAAUCCCAGGAUGCAACCGCCGUCAUGGCGAUCAAGGCCAAGUACGGGGUGCGGAAGAACUGGAUGGGUGACCCAUGCUUUCCCAAGACUAUGGCAUGGGAUGGGUUGAACUGCAGCUAUGCCGCUGCCAACCCUCCAAGGAUCACAAGCAUAAACCUAUCCUUCAGUGGUCUAAAUAGUGAUAUAUCAUCAUCUUUCGCGCAUCUAAAGGCUCUCCAAUACUUGGAUUUGUCAAACAAUAACUUGACAGGUUCAAUUCCAGAUGCCCUUUCACAGUUACCAUCAUUGACAGUCAUAGAUUUGUCUGGCAACCAACUCAGUGGUUCUAUACCCUCUGGACUUCUCAAAAGAAUUCAAGAUGGCUUCCUGGUUCUAAGACAUGGCAACAAUCCAAAUCUUUGCACCGACCGCAAUUCAUGUCAGCUUGCUGCUAAAAGGAAGAGCAAACUGGCCAUCUAUGUUUCCGUCCCUAUACUUGUCAUCGUGCUGAUAGUAUCAGUGUCCCUACUAGUCUUGUUCUUCCUAAGACGGCGAAACCAGCAGCAAGGAUCAAUGAAAAACAGGAUAGCGGUAAAGCCACAAAAUGAAGAGGCGGUGUCGACGAGCUAUGGCGGCGAUGAUGAUUCUCUGCGACUAGUUGAGAAUCGCCGGUUCACGUACAAGGAACUCGAGAGGAUAACCAAUGGCUUUGACCGGGUGCUUGGCGAAGGAGGGUUCGGCCGUGUCUAUGAUGGCUUCCUGGAAGAUGGUACUCAAGUGGCGGUGAAGUUGCGGUCUCAUUCCUCCAAUCAAGGUGUCAAGGAGUUCCUCGCAGAGGCCCAGAUUUUAACCCGGAUUCAUCACAAGAAUCUUGUCUCGAUGAUUGGUUACUGCAAGGAUCGGGAGUAUAUGGCACUUGUGUACGAGUACAUGGCACAAGGGACCCUGCGAGAGCACAUUGCAGCAAGUGGACGCAAUGGAGGAUGUUUACCGUGGAGGCAGAGACUCAAAAACGCACUUGAAUCUGCACAAGGGUUGGAGUAUCUGCAUACGGGUUGCAACCCGCCUCUCAUCCACAGGGAUGUCAAGGCCACCAACAUUCUGCUGAAUGCCAGGCUAGAGGCCAAGAUCGCCGAUUUUGGCUUGACGAAAGCCUUUGACUACCACAACAACACCCAUCUUUUCACGAACACGCUCGCUUUUACCCCCGGGUACGUUGAUCCGGAGUACCAGGCCACGAUGCAGCCAACGACCAAGAGUGACGUGUAUAGCUUGGGAGUGGUGCUGCUGGAGCUGGUCACCGGGAAACCAGCCCUUCUUUCGGACCCAGAGCCCACAAGCAUCGUCCAAUGGGCAAGGCAGCGGCUGGCGCGCGGCAACAUGGAGGGCGUGGUGGACGCGCGAAUGCAGGGUGGUUAUGAUAUCAAUGGCGUGUGGAAGGUGGCGGAGAUUGCACUCAAAUGCACCGCACAGGGGUCGGCACAGCGGCCCACCAUGGCUGACGUGGUGGCGCAGCUACAGGAGUGUGUGGAGCUCGAGGAGGGCCGCGCUCCUAGCUUCCACACCGGUGGCAGCAGUGGCGAUGAUAAUUACAAUGCUUACACUAGUGCGCAGUCCACCGACGUGAGCAAUAACACUGCAUUUGAAACGGAGCUGAGGAUACCAACAUUGGCCGCCGAUCCAGGCCCGACAGCACGUUGACUACCUCUUUGUAUAAUUGUUGUUUUCUUGAAGUCUUUGUGAGAUUCUUAAUCAUGUAGUUAUUUCUCUCUCGUUUCCAUAUUAUAGUGCAUAUGAGAUAUUUUUCAAACUCUUAACUUUGUAAACUUUGAUCAAGUUUACAUGAAUAUAUGGACAUGUAGAAUAUCGAAUAUAUACCAUAUAGAAGGAGUGUAAUUUAUGAUGAAUCGAAUGAUACUGAUUUGUCAUCACU